UCGAGCUCGAAAGACUGUUCGCGCAGCACGUGGGGUCGCAGUGACCAUGCCGGAACCGAAAACACGGUUCGACCGGUGCAAGAGCUACGCUCGCAUCUUUCUCACGCACCUUAUUUCACAAGUGGGCUUAUGUCUGCUGGUUAUCGCCUACGCUUUGGUCGGGGCAGUUAUUUUCAAGGCGAUAGAAUCCCGCGAAGAAGUGCGGCAAAGGCACCAAGUGUCCCAGUUGCGACGACAGUGUUUGCGCGAAAUGUGGGCUAUCACGGAAAGCCUGAACGUUUUCUAUGAUGAAGAGUGGAUUGACAGGGUGGGAGUCAAGCUGAAAGAGUUUGAGGACAAAGUGGUGCACGCUGUCAGGAGCGACGGCUACGACGGCAAGGAUGUGAGCGAAGCAAGCUUGCAAUGGUCCUUCUCCGGUGCAUUGUUGUACAGUAUCACAGUUAUCACUACGAUAGGUUACGGAAACAUAGCACCGAAGACGAGCUCUGGCAAAGUGGUCACGAUAGUAUACGCACUCUUCGGCAUUCCCCUGAUGCUUCUAUGCUUGACCAACAUCGGCAAUAUCUUGGCGCACAGCUUCAAGUUUUUCUACAGCCGCGUCUGUUGCGCACUAUGUCACCGACAGAGGGAGUCGCUAGUCACCGGACCCAAGACCCAGAUUCCUGCCGAGGUGCUCGAGACUGUUGUAUCUGUGGCCAACUCCGUCGCAGGGGGAAGAGACCACAGAGAAGUCAAAGAGGCCCCGGAACAAACGUCAGAAAAAGGUUCUCCAAACAGCGUGCUAGACAAGGCUUCCCUAGAAACUACCAAGAUGCCCCUGACCCCAACGCCGAGUACAGUAGGUCCUCCGCCUCCCAAACCGAUCGGCAAAGAAGAGGACAGGAUCCCGGUCUACCUGGUGCUUUUACUCGUAUCCGGCUACAUCUGCUUCGGUGCCACCUUGUUCUCCGUGUGGGAAAACUGGACAUUUCUCGAUGGCGCUUACUUCAGCUUCAUAACACUCAGCACGAUCGGGUUCGGCGACUUCGUGCCCGGUAGCGCCAUCUUUGAAACGGACACUUCGUCGGGAGAUGGCCAGGCGAAGCUUAUCAUCUGUUGUUUCUAUCUAGUGCUCGGCCUGGCCAUCAUAGCCAUGUCUUUCAAUCUAGUGCAGGAAGAGGUGGUACUCAAGUGCAAGGACUUGGUCAGGAACCUCAAGAGUCUGGUGACGACGGUUGGGGAGGAAUCGACGUAAGCAGCGAUGGCUGCGUCAGGAGCGGGUUACAGAUGAUGCUGCCCUCCUGCAUUCGGAUAUGGGCAUCAAGGCGUUCCCACGGAUGCACCUCCUCUUCUUCUUCCUCUUGAUCGUCGAGAGCCGACCGGCGGACAAUGGAGAAGGCGAUGUCGUGCUGCUCUGUCUCGAAUUCCCAGCACAGUGUGUCUCCAGUGUUUGCAACCUCGACUGGAACUUCGUGGACCGCUCGUCUUUCCACAGUCACCCAGGUCACUUCAUCCGCUUUUGACAUACGGAUCCCUUUGUACUCUUCUUCCAGUAUAGGGGUGACGACGUUUAUCUGGAAUUCAAAAGAACCAGAGCCACAUGGUGAAAAGUGAACACCGUGGUGCGGGCCGUGCUUGCAGUUUGAUCUUAUGGAUAGUUCGAAAGUUGAGGGACCGUCAAAGGGCAACAGGGUUUGUGAAAGACGCCUCUUCGAAGCUGUCGCGCUCGCGUGUGGUGGUGCGGACUUCAAGGACCUGGACCUGUCGUCUGCGUAUAUAUCCAAUCGUGGCUAUACAUAUUACGGCUUGAAAAGAAUGGGUAUAUACAUAUAGUAUAUAUUAUGAACAGAAGAUGUUUCCAAUAAUGCCGCGCUAUUUUGAACCGAAGAUCGACGUCGGAACAAGUAAAAUGCCCAUCUAUUCCUUGCACUCCUAAAACAGAGCUUCACUGCAUAGCACGCGGAAGGCAAGUCAAUGUACAAAAUGAUACCGUUUAAACUCUUGUGAAGAGCGCGGAGCAUAUGCCUUUUUUUUUUUUUACAUUUGGCGUAACCGCAUAACUGUCGCAAGGAGGCGUACGCCACCUGUUUUGAAUAAAUCACGACUUACUAAAUUAUAACGACGAUGUCAUAAUCGGCAACCCCUAUGAGGAGCCCGUCCGCACGAUCCGCUAGGGGCGCUACUCAUCGGCCCGCGACAUCUACGUCGUGACUGGACAAUGGAAAUUUCAAUUUUGAACGCGCAGAAGCGGGCGUACGACUACCAUGGCAGACGACAGCAACAACUCCUAUGAAAACGCGUAUAAUGAUGAUGAUAAUCAACUUUCAAAUGAAACAUCUUCCGUGGGACAUCCACCGCUGGUACAAAACUACUAAGAUAAACUGAAGUACAAAGUAUUGUAGAAGUUGAAGCAAUAUCCGAGCCGAUGAGUAGCGCCACCGCUAGCUUCCAAAUGCGGCGCUGGGAAGGGGUGCCUAUGACAUGGUCGUCAUAACCUAGUAGGUCGUGGAAUAAAUCAGGGGAAAGAACAUAAUUCGGGAUGAUGGUUUGAUGCGAGUGUGUUGCGGUGAAGCUCAGUUUUAAUAAUUUGUCUUAGUGGCACAAAUGUGUAUAAACGAAAGCUUUCCACAUAGCAGCCUUGGAUGCUACCUUGCUAUGCUAUCACCUGUGUACAGUAUAGGCAGCAGUAAGGGUGUGAUUUUGAUGCUUUUCUUUUGAUAUCUACUCUGGUACGUGCGUCCGCACGUAGCAAGCUUACUGUGACGAUGAAGCUGUAAAAGUGCGGCGUAUUUAGAUUAUAGUGAUCUUAACGGCAACAAUAUUUGCUUUUGUAGUU